AUGUCACAAGGCCGUGCAGAGGCUUCUCACCAGACUCCAGAAUCGAUAAUCUCAACAAUAGACAAGGAAGAGCAUUGCGUUGAUAUAGCAAAUCAUCCUGAAGAAGAAGAAGAAGGUCUUCAAAAGGCCAUGAGGAGCAUAACCCGUUUGCACUCAGAAAAGGACAAUGGAAGCGGUCAAAAACCCUUGGAUCCAAAUAUAGUUGAUUGGGAUGGCCCAGAUGAUCCAGCGAACCCGAUGAACUGGUCGAAAUUCAAAGGACUAGGCCAUGUAGCCUUCAUCAGUAUCUUCACCCUCGUCGUGUUAGUAUCAACCAUCUACGUUGCUACUGGCCCAACUAACGGACUUUCUGUAGAAACCUUGCAGCAGAGUAAAGCUAACUUCUCCAUUCUCCGUAGCACGAUGUACGCCCCCGGAGUGGGUGAACUGACGAAAGAUUUCCACGUAACGGACUCAACAAUCGGCACUUUGUCCGUGUCGUUGUUCCUUCUUGGCUUCGCAAUUGGCCCUCUAUUUGUGGCUCCACUGUCCGAAUUGUACGGCAGAUUGCCUCUCUACCAUACAUGCAACGCCAUCUUCAUUGUUUUCUGCAUUGCCGCGGCUGUGAGUACAGACAUCGGUAUGUUUCUGGCCUUUCGAUUCAUCGCUGGUUGUGGUGGCUCCGCGCCACUCACAAUAGGAGGCGGUACGAUUGCAGAUGUUAUUCCGCAAGAGAAGAGAGGCGCGGCCAUGGCAUUGUAUGCAAUGGGCCCGCUAUUAGGGCCGGUGAUAGGUCCAGUGGCUGGGGGUUUUGUUGCUCAGAGUAUUGGUUGGCGAUGGACUUUUUGGAUCCUGUCUAUCGCUGGCGGCAGCAUUGCUAUAGGGGCUCUGAUCUUUAUGCGCGAGACUUAUGGAAGUGUCCUCUUGAGGAGAAAGGCAGCUCGGCUUCGCAAACAAACAGGAAACCUUGACCUAAUAUCCAUAGGCGAUUUGGGACUUUCGCCGAGAGCGCUUUUCCUACACUCGAUAGUACGCCCAUUAAAGCUUCUCCUGUUUUCGCCAAUAGUCUUGCUUCUUUCGCUUUUCGCAGCUGUCGUCUUCGGUCAGACGUUCCUUCUUUUCACAACAUUUCCCACUGUCUUUGAAGAGCAAUAUGGCUUCACAACCGGCACUUCGGGUCUGUCGUACCUCGGCAUGGGAAUUGGAAUGAUCUUAGGAAUCAUAACUUUCCGGCUCUUGAGUGACAAGAUCCUGAAAAAGGCUGCCCUCGACGGUGAUGGAACAAUGAAGCCCGAGUACAGACUACCAUUGAUGGUGUAUUUGACGCCAGUAAUGCCUAUAGGAUUCUUCUGGUAUGGAUGGAGUGCGCAUGCCCAAGUUCAUUGGAUCGUCCCGAUCAUCGGUACAUCCUUCAUAGGAAUCGGUUCUCUAUUUGUCAUUAUGCCAAUUCAAAUCUACCUGGUCGAUGCAUUCGGCGAGUAUGCUGCCAGCGCACUUGCAGCCAAUACAAUGUUACGCUCCCUUGCUGGAACCUUUUUACCUCUGGCGGGGCCACCAAUGUACAAGGCACUUGGGCUGGGUUGGGGGAACAGCUUGCUUGGGUUUCUAUCGCUCGGAUUUGCAGUCGUGCCAAUAUUCUUCUGGAAGUACGGAGAACAAAUGAGGAAGAGAUGGGUCGUAAAAUUGUGA